CUUGGUCAGCACUUAGUGAAUAUGAGAAAAAGCGUUGGGAAAAUGUUCAAAAAAAUUUUGAAAUUCUAAAAUCAAGCGGAAUCACACCCAAGAUGCCAGAAUUCAUGAUACCUAAGUUUAAGCGCUCCAUGAUGAGCAAAAACAAAACCAGUGAAGUGCAAUCCAAAAACAAUCAAGAACCAAAAGCAAAAUUUAAACUGUUUGGUGUUCCGAAACAAACCUCUUCUAAACGCACCAAAUCUAUCAAAGGUGCAGAAGUUUCUUCAAAUAUUUCUGGUAUUAUGAAAACGGAAUCAACUUCAUCAAACACGGUGACUACUACAAUAAUAAAUCUUCGAGGUGUAAAACCGAAACAAUUUGCGCAAAAAAUUCUGAUAUCCGCGCAAAACGCAUUGAAAGUUUUGGGAGAUAUGCUCGGAGGUAUGGAGGAAGAUAUCAGUUUUAAUGUCGAGGAAGUACAUAUCUCGAAACCUGGAUGCUCAAAAGCUAUCGAACCAAAGCGCCGUUAUCCCAAACGCAAUGUUGCGAAGAAAUGUUAUAAAGAGGAAGAUAUAUCGAGCGAGGAUGAGUUUUUGUAUUGCGACAUAUGCAAAGAAGAACACAAAGGACCUUGCCCAGUACAUGGACCUAUGCUACUCGUAUGCGACACAAAGACUCCUAAAGGUGAUCCUGAGAGGGCCAAGCGAACUCUUCCCUACUUUUUCUCCCUAGGAAUCUCCAGCCUUCCCAAGGCCGGUCUGGGUGUUUGGUCAGAGAUACCCCUCAUAGCGGGGAUGGUAUUCGGACCUUAUGAAGGAAGCAUCGUCAAGAAAAAUGAAGAUGCCAAAAAGAGUGGAUACGCAUGGCAGGUGCGAAAACAGUCGAAGCCUCACCACUAUGUGGAAGGUGUGGGCAAAGAUAGCUCGAACUGGAUGCGUUACGUGAACUGCGCUGACCAUGAAGAAUGGCAGAAUGUGAUUGCCUUCCAGUAUUUGGGAAAGAUUUAUUACAGGACUUACAAGCCCGUUUUGCCUUUCACUGAGAUCCUGGUGUGGUAUGGAGAUGGCUAUGCUUCCGAAUUAGGUAUAGAGCUCAAGGAGAGAAAGUGCUUACAACCUCCAAAGGAAAUCACGGGCUUCUCCUGCAAUGUGUGCAACGGUCUCUUCUCCUCCUCCGAAAGCCUGAUGAAGCACCAGAGGAAUCAUCCUCACCUGCAGCAUGAUCGGAGGCAUCGGUGCCCGGAGUGUUCCUAUUCCAGCGACUCAGCUGCCUAUCUCCGCGACCACCUUCGCACCCACUCCCGAGAGAAGCCGCAUGCCUGCCCACACUGCCCGAAAAGAUUCAGUUUAGAGACGAAUCUUCGCAAACACGCCCUUCUGCAUAUGGGACUGAAGGAGCACGCCUGCAACAUCUGCGGAAAGCGUUUCAGCCAAAAGAAUAACUUGCUGCGGCACGAACGCGUGCACAGCGGUGAGAGACCCUACCGUUGCCCCGAUUGCGGGAAGGAUUUCUCUCAAUCAUCUCAUUUGAAGUAUCAUCAGAGGCUGCACACUCGGCAGAAGCCUUACCCCUGUCCCCAAUGCGAACGCAGGUUUUCUGCGUCAAGUAUCCUCACCAAACACAUCGUGUACAUACACACGAGAAGGUUUCCCCACCAAUGCUCUCUUUGCGGAAAGGGGUUCAUCUCUCCGGGAGAACUGAAGAAACACACCCAACGACAACAUCGGAAAUUAGAAAGUGUCGUCUUCAGUGCGGAAGGAGAAAUGAGCUAAAACUUUUCGGUGUUGUAUUUUGAAAUUUUGAUAUAAAG